UUUACAAAGAAAAGGGCUGAGUGGGUUGGUUUAUUGUGGUCGGGUUCGCUAUUUUCCGGGUUUAAAAGAAUCCUGCAUGCUUGAAGAGUUUGGGAAGCGAGAACUGAGAAUUUGAAUGGAAGGGUCGCAGACUAAUUCAACCACCACCAGCGCCGCCGGUCCUGCCACCACAACUGGCAACCCUAAUUCCUCCAGCAAUUCCAUUUUAUCAUCAGCACCGGUGUGGCCCACUGUAGAUGGCCCACUGGGUCUCUCGGAGGAUGAAUCGUUGAGCUAUGCCCGCAGAUUCUACAAAUUCGGAUUUGCGCUCUUGCCUUGGCUAUGGGCAGUCAAUUGCUUCUACUUCUGGCCAGUUCUCCGCCACUCCCGCGCCUUCCCUCGCAUUCGCCCCUAUGUUGUGAGAUCAGCGGCUGGAUUCUCAGUAUUCACAUUUCUUCUUUGCUCGUGGGCCUUGACAUUUGCCAUUGGAGGGGAGGAACUCUUUGGCCCUGUUUGGGAUAAACUUGUUAUGUACAAUGUUGCUGACAGAUUAGGCUUGACGGGUUGGGUAUAGUCAUGUUCUCAUGUGAAAUUAAAGGUCAUGACAAAUAUUCAUUCAGCUCUUUUGAUUGCCUGGUUUUUAACAUAUAGUCUGUCUUGUAUUUUUUACCCCAAUGUGAGGCCACUACCUGUUAUUUGUAAUGGAGAAGACAUUUAGAUA